GAUGUAGACGAAAUUUUAGCACAUACAAAUAAUAAGAUUCUUUUAGUUUGUCCGUAGCACAUAAUCGAUUGUUUCAACUUCUUCAUUCAACUUACAUAAUCCCUAGCAGAGCUGGAUCGACUGACAUGGCGACUGAUGAUGAUUGCGAGCUCACCCUCGUUUUGGUCGGAAAAAUAGGCAAUGGGAAGAGUGCAACAGGGAAUAGCAUCCUUGGAAAGAAAGAGUUUGUAUCAAAGGCGAGCUCUGGUGGUGUAACUAGUACCUCUGAGCUCAGGACAUCCGUACUGAAAAAUGGCUUGAGGCUUAAUGUCAUUGACACUCCUGGACUGUUUGAUGCAUCUAUUGAUACAAAAUUUAUUGAGAAAGAGAUUGUUAGAUGUGUCAGCAUGGUGAGGGGGGGUAUUCAUGCCAUUCUUGUUGUCUUCUCUGUUCGGAAUAGAUUUUUAAAAGAAGAAUUUGAUGUAAUAACCCGUUUGAGGACGUUGUUUGGGAGCAGAGUUGAUGACUAUUUGAUUGUGGUUUUUACGGGUGGGGAUGAACUCGAGGCUAAUGAACAGUCAUUGAAAGACCUCUUAAAAGAAUCGUCAUGUCCUAAACCCUUGAAGGAAACUCUUAGCCUCUGUCAAGAUAGAUUCGUACUUUUUGACAAUAGGACGAAAGAUGAAACAAAGAAAGCACGACAACUCCGAGACCUUCUGUCUCUUGUCAACAUAGUGUUGACCAACAAUCUCAAACCAUACACUCAGGAGACUUUAAGCGCAUUCAUGGAAGGGAGUGGGGAGCCUCAUCAACAAAGUGGAAUUGAAGAAAAUAAUUCUUUGCAUAGUAUUAGAGAUAUAUUGUAUAUGCUAUUCGAGUACUGUGCAGGGUGUUAGACCUAUACAUGUUAAUUCAGGGGCGGGACCAGAGGGGGUCAAGAGGGUCCGCUGACCCCUGGACAUAGAAAUUUGUAAGAUUUUUAUAUGUACAAUCUGAGAUUUUUCUAGGAAAAAACAUGUUUUAGACUCUCUAGUUGUAGCCAGUAGAAAAAAGAGUUUUAUGAUGACCCCCUGACAAAGAAGUUCUGGUUCCGCCACUGCAUGUUAUUCAAGUACGUAUCACAUCAUGACAUUAGAUGCUGAUCGAGUAUUAAUCGAAUUAGAGAUAUUUCAUGGCAGUUA